GGAAGCUGCGUUCAAAAAGUCCGCCUCUCCGUCCCGCUCUGCUGGGAGCUUUUCUGGUUGGUCGCCAGCAUCGUCCCGCUCCUCUCCGCGGACAUAUAAAGCAGCUUUCAGCCGCUGCUGGUCACAUUUUCUCGAGUCUCGUCUCCAGAAACAAGCAGCAACGAAAUGAGUGGCCGCGGAAAGACCGGAGGAAAAACCCGAGCGAAGGCCAAGACCCGCUCCUCUAGAGCCGGACUCCAGUUCCCGGUGGGCCGCGUUCACAGGCUGCUGCGCAAAGGCAACUAUGCGGAGCGGGUCGGUGCCGGAGCCCCCGUCUACCUGGCCGCUGUGCUCGAGUAUCUGACCGCUGAGAUCCUGGAGCUGGCUGGGAACGCCGCCCGCGACAACAAGAAGACCCGCAUCAUCCCCCGUCACCUGCAGCUGGCCGUCCGCAACGACGAGGAGCUCAACAAGCUGCUGGGUGGAGUCACCAUCGCUCAGGGUGGAGUGCUGCCCAACAUCCAGGCGGUGCUGCUGCCCAAGAAGACCGAGAAGGCCGCCAAGGCCAAGUAAACCUGCUGCUGUUGCUGUUGCUCAGCAACAAACACACAACGGCUCUUUUCAGAGCCACACACUCCUUCAUCAUGAGAGCAUCAAAUCCUCUUUAGCACAUUGUUUGUUGUUCUAAUAGGUUUUGGUUGGACAUCAUUUCGUCCAGCGGUGUCUUAAAGUCAUUUACAAUGGAAAGUCAAACUACUUUGUGGUGAUGGGAAUUUCGACUCUUUUUAGAGAGCCGGUUCUUUCGGCUCCCAAACUGCCCUUAAUAAAUUCUCAUCUCCAGUUCCAUAUACAAUAUUUGUAAAUAGGAAUGUUUCAUAAUAAAUCCUCUUUCAUGCAGUGUUAUACAACCUUAAUUUUAUGCAUUAUGUUAUGAAAGCAUGUUUGUGUACCAUUUUUAAUGAAUCUUUAUAUCUUUAACAUAAACAAAUGAACAGAAUAGUGCAAAGAAAUCAGACCCAUAAUUAUUUAAUCUUCUAAAUUAUCUUUAAUCUUCAGCCAGAUGUUCUUCUCUUACAGCUCAUUAUGGGCAUUUUAAACACAUACCAAUCAAAAACUUUUGAUUUUGAUUUUUCUGACAACAGCAGUGCUUUAUUUUUUUUAUUUUGAACAGCUGCUCUGACUGUAGCUUCUGUACAGUGGAAAGAAAAUGCUGUUACAUUUAUUACCAUCAUAUGCAAUGAUGGGUAGCAGAAAAAAAGCUGUUAUACAACAAAAGCUGAAAUAAUGCCGGACACUUUUCAUAGUGAUGAUCAGAUUUGGGCCAGUGAGAAAUUUUAGGAUGGCCAAUACACCAAUACUGGUCCUUCUGCUGACUCUGGUAGAGGUCAGUAGUGAUUGGCCCUCUGAAGCCCCGCUUCAGGCUUGUGUCGUCUUGUUGAAAACCACGUGACUGGCAACAAACGAGGCCUCGCAGUGCAUGGGUCACGUGACUGCUUCAUUUUGCGUGUCGGUUUUCAAAAUAAAGGCGUGAUGAGCCGCUGGUUAUCGUAUUUGAUCGCAUCAGGGGAGGAUUUGUCUUCAGCAGUGGCCGAAAUAAAAGGAACCUUUUCUAGUUCAUGUGCAUUAAUGAUUUUGAUGAUGGCACUCAUCAAAGUGUAAUGUUUGUUAUUAAUUUUCUCAAUGGUUGAUUAUGGUAUAUUUUAUGACAUUAUAUUUGUGUUUUUAUUAUGUAAAGCUUUGAAACCGCAAUGUUGUUGAAAUGUGCUGCACAAAUGAACUUGAUUGAAAAGGAGCCAGCGAGAAG